AUGGCGUCCAACAGACAACCAGUUGCUAAAGGAGGGUUAUGGUCGACUCAUUCGGCCCCUGUUGGUAAAGAAACGCAAAAUCUACUCAAAGGUAACAAACAACUAACAAGAGAUUACCCUUGAAGCAAUUCAGGCUCGUAAUGUCAUUCAUACAUGCAGAUAUUUUAAUGUUUGACAGUUAUGAUGGACGAAUCCAAGUUGACUAAUUUUCAACGGAGACAGUUACAGGAAAACAUGAAAAGUAAGUCUCAUCUCCCCGAUGAUAUUGUCAUUUAUGUUUUAUAUGCAUUAUAAUCUAGAAUCUAAAAGCUAUAUUUGAUGUCAAAAAACCCUUUUACUUGGUCAGUGUAAUUAUGUAAGCUUACUCAAGUAGAAAGUAAACUUAAUAUUACCGGUAAAUUAUGAGCUUUUAUAACUUAUUACAAUCAUUAUAAUUAAUUCAAGUUCUCACAAGGCCAAGAGCUCGGACCUCAUUCUUUUUGGGGCUCGUUUCCACCUUUUGGAUUUCAUCUCGGUCCAUAACUUCAGAUUAAAUCGCAGAAAAGAACUUGCUUUAUCAUUGGGCUUAAUUUUAAUACAAUAUCUUAUCAGGUGAAAAGGUUACAGAGCAAAAAAUAUUAAAGUAAAAUGGUUUGGUAUUUCAUAGGUCUUGAAAAUAUUUCAGAAGUGAGCACAGAAGAUGAGGAAGUGAUAUAAUUAUUCUUCGUUACUCAAGGAGGAAUUUUGUACAGUGUAUCUUCAUGCACCCGUGUAAUAACCACUAUUAAAUAUAUAUAUAAAUAAAUAUUAUGUUUAAGUCAACUCUCUUAACCGCUUAAGUCCCAUUAUUAUUCAUUCAAAAUAUUUUCCCGAUUCUGAUUUGCUAAAAGCACACGUUUAAUUCACCAUAACCAGUUACUGAUGACCACAUUUGGAAGAAUUUUGUGUUUAACGAGGAAAGGACAUAAAAAAUGCAGCAUUUUCGCAGGUUAAGGCACCGUUAACCGAAAAGACCUGGGGACGAGGUUGAGUUGUUUUGCUUGUGAACUUGAAAAAUGGCGGACAUUUCACUUGUUUCAAGAGUGAGAACUAGGCGAAAAAAAUAGCUAAAAAUAUGGCAGGAACAGCAAGAAGACAACUCGAAGGGCGACAUCUGCUAUUUGGAGAAUAUUAAUUUGCAGAGCUGCACAAACCUAAGCGUGCACUAUCGAAGAUGAACUUAAUAUUGAUGGAUCGAUGGAGGUAAGCAUGUUUUAGCCAUGUUUUUAAACUAGGAAUUAUUUUGAAUGAAUAAUAAAACAAUUAUUGAAUUCGGCUUUCGUAUCACAUGAAGAAUUAUGGAGAUUUCGAAGGGUGUUAUCCACCUUGGCCUACAGCCUCGACGGAUUAACACCCUCCUCGAUCUCCAUAAUUCUUCACAAGAUACUCAGCCUCAUUCAUUAAUUGUUAAAUAGUGACCAAGAUCAAUUUUCUCCUAACAAUAUCCAUACACUGUCAAGAGAUAAGUCAUGGGAAUUGAAAAAAGACGGGGCAAAGGAUCCAAAUAUGAAUUUUAAUAUAUUUUAAAAAGAUUUAUAGAGAAGUGGGAUAAAGUUUUUUAAAUGUGACAUUUCCUUGUUAACUCUGCUGUUCAAAUUUCAGGAGGUGAAUCUCUUCCAGUGUCAUGUAAUCCUACCUCAAGUAGAAGUGAGAGAACUCAACAGAAUAGUGCACCUAAGAAGCCCUUACCCAAGGUCAUGAAUGCAAGGCACCUCUCUGGUGGAAAGCGAUCAAAAGAUACAAUUGAUAUGCACAGGAGCAGUGUUCCACAGGAGAUUUACAGACCUUCUCCAGGCAGUAUGUUCAUCUUAGCUAUCACUUAUAGGCCUUUUGCAUUAGUUGGUCACAUGAUCAACUUUCUGUUAACACAAAAACAGUUAGCUUUAGAAAAACGAUUUUAGCAGGAACUGAGAGAGCAUAUUAAAACUAGGUAGCCUAUAAAUUUUCAGCUAUAUAUCUCAAAAGUAGAAAUGAAAGAAAUAGCGGAAAUCUGAAACUAUUAACCUUUGUACAGUUGUACGGUUUUUAGGGGUAAUUAUUAAAGCUACAACUGCUAAGAAUGAUAACAGUGUACAAAUGGCUUACUGAAUUAAUUUAUGCCAGAGGUAGAUAAGACAUCAGAAUGAAUCGGGGAAAACAGUUUGUAAAGACAUGGCCAGAGAAAAAGAUCAACUAUCUGCUCAGUUUAUGUAAUGAAAAAACACUAGAAUAGUCCCCCCCCCCCUCUUCUCCUACCAUCAAACAUCCUGUUGACAGCAUGGGACAGACAUUGUGCAGUUCUUUUCUUCUUUGCAAAAACAUUCUGUUAGAUGUACCUCAAACACCUCAUUAAAAAGGUCUUUUUUACUUCCCAUUUCCUGGAGCAAGAGGGGAUGGGAAAAAGAGAGACUUUGGAAACAUAGUUAAUGCGUUACAUUGGACUGUGUUUUCAGAAAAGCCAGGCAAGAUAAAGCAAAUCCUGUGUUAUGAAUGGCUACCUGAGUGGGCAAGAUAAACCCACUUGGAAUUUCCCACAUUGUUCCUGCAAGAAAAAGUUCGUUUUUGGCCAUGUAAUAAAACCUUUGGUCAAAAUGGCUGAAUGUUGGCCUCUCUUAUUUUUUUGCACUUUUUACUGACCUUGAAAAAUGCAAAAAUACUUUGACCAAUAGUUCAGUCAUCUUGACCUCAAACUUAAAAUGUUAUUUGCCUACCUGUUUGGUCUUUACAGCAAGUGUGGAAGCAGAAUGUUGAAAAGUGAAAUGUCUGAUGUUGACUAAUGUAUAUGUUCCCUUACAGAGUCUAUUUCAGAGCAAGAUAAAAGGAGGCUUCAAAAUGUUAUGGCCUAUGGAGAGGAUGGAAAAAAUAUUGAGGAUAUACCAAAGCAAAGACGACCUUCUCCCACAGUGAGGGCACAAGAAAAAGAAAUUGAUCGGUUUGAUGAAGGUAAAUAUGACUCUGCCCGCUUUGUUUAAUUUCCUAUACAGUCUCAUUUUGUGUCAAACAUUUCAUUAUUAAUUAAGGUAAAGUUUGUACAUAAACAUUAAUUUUAUUGUUAAUUGUUUCCACUUAAUAAACAUGCUGUGCUUGAUUAGUCUGUCCAGCAGGCUUUAUUUCACUGUGUGGCCUUCUUGUUCAAUAAUUUGUUUUGUCACUAAAGAAAAAUUGUAAAGCUCUUAUUUCAUGAAGUGGACUAUUAAUAUGCUUUUUAAACUGCACUGAAAGUAGUUUUGUCAAAUGAGAUUUCAAGUUGCUGGGUAAACACAACAAGCACAUGUAGAUGGGGAAUCAAACAGAUAGGGAUUUCUUUUUUUUUUCUUCUAUUUUUUUGAAAGAAGCUGGGGGUCAUCUUCAUUGUAGCCUUGGGAUAUCCCCAGCCCCCUACCCCCAGCCCUUAAUGAGAGCCCUGAUUUUUUUUUAUUUAGAUUUGUAUUCCCUUAGUUUGUAUCAUCCUCAUUCUCUGUUUCAUUCCUUUUGCUUGUUAAGGUGAACUCUACAAAUUUGCCCACUCCCAUUCAAUGAAAGGGUCUUCAUAGUUCAUUUGGCAGGGAAGUGUAGCUAUGUGAGGCCGUGGUUUUAAAUCCUGUUGAAGCCCUUAAAUUUAUUUUUGGGCUCAUUUUUACUGCUAUUAAAACUGCGAUGGUCGUAUCUUAUCUUGGAUAGAUUUUUCAUUCCAGCAGUUCACUUCUGUGAUCUUCAUUCUAUUGUGCAUUGUAUGCUGUGUUAAACAAAUUUUUGAUCAUUUCACAUGUUUAGGAUUUGACGUGCAUCAAUCAGCCUGGCUGUUUUGCUUAAAUUGAAGUCUUCUCCACUCUUCUUAAUCCACAAGAUUUUAUUUAUAAAAAUAAAAAUUGAACCAAAAAUAAUAUUUAUUCUUUUUGUUUUGUCAUGCAGUUCUUCAAGAAAUAGAGGAUAGGAGAGGCUUUCUAGAUGAAAUGGAAAAGCUUGGGGAAGGCAAAAAAUACAGAACUAUUAUAACGACAGAGAUAUCACAGGUAAUCUGAUACCAUGACGUCACUACUUGUAAAUAGUCUUAUAAUAAAAGGGAUAAUGUAAGGUACCAUUCAGUGGCGGAUCUAGGGGAGGGUACCCUGUGCCCCCGCUUAUUUUUAGACCAAACUUAGGCCCAAAGGGCCAAAAAAAUUUUUGGGGGGGGGGACCGGACCUCCCUUAUCUAAGGUUCUGGAUGACCACCCCCCCAUCUCAAGGUCUGGAUUUGGCACUGCCGUUGGUUUACAUACAAAGAGUGGUCUUGGAAAUUAAAGGCGGUAAUAAAUAUUAUAGCUUAAUAAGGGUCUGGUCAAGUAGGUAUGGAGACUUCAACAUGUGCAACCCUAGUUUGGGUCUUACAUUAUACAUAUUAUGGAAACACAGUGAAUAAUAAUUGCAAAAACCAUAUGAAAGAAUACUUGGAAUAAUGCUGCAAGUGUCUUGUGAUAAACUGCUAGUUUUUCCUUCUAAUUUGCAAGUCUUAGCGAAAAAAAAAGCAGACAUAAGGGAAGGUUCCUCCUCACUUCCUUGUUUGGCAUGCAUGGGCUUGCUGCUGGGUUCCAAAGAAUACUUGGGGGUUAUGUUGUUAUGAACCCUUUCCAGGGCCAUCGAGAAGGGCUGCUCAGGGUGAGUGAUAAAAUGCUCAUUUAAACUAGCCUCUUCAGCUAAUGACUUGGUUGUCAUGGAGGUUCAUCGAGGUGGCUUCGUUCGCUUCGCUCUCCUCAGACCUCUCGUCUUUGCAUCCCUUUGCUAUUCAUUAUCCCAAAAGCAUAGAACAGGACUAUUCUCUGCCUAAUGGUUGAAUCCAGCAUUGCCAUCUCUGCUUCUCUUAUAAACCCACGUAUAAGAAUCUAGAAUUUUGAGGUCAGGCUGAACAGGUUCUUAUAUUUUAGGGUAGUUUUUCACAAUUCAGGCUGAUUAGGUUCUUAUUAGGUUUUCAGAGGUUGUUGUAGUGUAGCCAUUGGCAGAAAUAUUGUACUACUAAUACAUAAUACUUGUUGGAAAACAUAUACACUAUAACUUUUUGUUAGAAGUUUCUCACACAAUUAAAAUCCAGAAUUUUGACCAUCAAAAUUGGAGCGAUUUUUNAAUUUUUGGGGGGGGGGACCGGACCUCCCUUAUCUAAGGUUCUGGAUGACCACCCCCCCAUCUCAAGGUCUGGAUUUGGCACUGCCGUUGGUUUACAUACAAAGAGUGGUCUUGGAAAUUAAAGGCGGUAAUAAAUAUUAUAGCUUAAUAAGGGUCUGGUCAAGUAGGUAUGGAGACUUCAACAUGUGCAACCCUAGUUUGGGUCUUACAUUAUACAUAUUAUGGAAACACAGUGAAUAAUAAUUGCAAAAACCAUAUGAAAGAAUACUUGGAAUAAUGCUGCAAGUGUCUUGUGAUAAACUGCUAGUUUUUCCUUCUAAUUUGCAAGUCUUAGCGAAAAAAAAAGCAGACAUAAGGGAAGGUUCCUCCUCACUUCCUUGUUUGGCAUGCAUGGGCUUGCUGCUGGGUUCCAAAGAAUACUUGGGGGUUAUGUUGUUAUGAACCCUUUCCAGGGCCAUCGAGAAGGGCUGCUCAGGGUGAGUGAUAAAAUGCUCAUUUAAACUAGCCUCUUCAGCUAAUGACUUGGUUGUCAUGGAGGUUCAUCGAGGUGGCUUCGUUCGCUUCGCUCUCCUCAGACCUCUCGUCUUUGCAUCCCUUUGCUAUUCAUUAUCCCAAAAGCAUAGAACAGGACUAUUCUCUGCCUAAUGGUUGAAUCCAGCAUUGCCAUCUCUGCUUCUCUUAUAAACCCACGUAUAAGAAUCUAGAAUUUUGAGGUCAGGCUGAACAGGUUCUUAUAUUUUAGGGUAGUUUUUCACAAUUCAGGCUGAUUAGGUUCUUAUUAGGUUUUCAGAGGUUGUUGUAGUGUAGCCAUUGGCAGAAAUAUUGUACUACUAAUACAUAAUACUUGUUGGAAAACAUAUACACUAUAACUUUUUGUUAGAAGUUUCUCACACAAUUAAAAUCCAGAAUUUUGACCAUCAAAAUUGGAGCGAUUUUUUUUUGUAAGAACCUAUUUUUCUUUACCAGGCUGAACAGGUUCUUAUAUUUUUGGGUAUUUAAAAGCCAAAUUUCAGACUGUAGGUUCUUAAAUCACUAGGUUCUUACAUGCAGGUUUUUACUGUAGCUUUAAGGUGCCAACGUUGUUUCUGACUAACUGCCCAGCAGUUGCCUGCUUUAAUCCUUGAUUGGUACACCACUGAUUGAGAUCAAAACUUCCGUCCACAUGUACUGGUGCUUAUUGAUAUCUACAAUGUAUGAUCUUGCCAUGUUAAAUUUUUUAUUAUUGUACUUUCAGUUGGGGAGUAGUAAUGGGCAAGAGAACAUCAUGCCCCUUAAUUAAUUGGCCUAGGUUUAUGACUCAGUAGAAGUAAUGAUUGUAAGUGUUGUUCUUCUUUCCACAGAAAAUACGAGAACUUGAGCUUAUUGAUAAAGAAAGAAGCAAAGAACUCAAUCUUGCUGAACAAAACGAGUGA